UUUAUGUGUACUGGUUUCCAAAACCAAUUGAAUCCUGGAUUCUAAAUAAUAGCUUAAAUAAUAGAAAUCCGUCAUUACAACAGAUUGUAACUUACAUCAAAAAUAUUGUGGCUUGGAGUACAAUCGAACAGAUAUGGCACCUGUAAUAGAAAAGUUAGUAGAAGGUUUUAAAGUUGCAGAAGGUCCCCAUUGGGACAAUAAAAAGCAGUGUUUGUAUUUUGUGGAUAUUACUGAGAGCACUAUUUGUAAAUAUGUUCCAUCCACGAAGAAAUUUACUAAAGCCAAAAUUGGUGACUACAACGUUUCGCUCAUAAUACCAGUAAAAGACAAAAACAACGAAUUUGUAGUGACUUUGAACAAUUCUGUAGCUGUAGUUGAAUGGGAUGGAGAAAGUCCAAAUGUCAGUUCAGUGAAAAAUUUGUAUGAAGUCGAGGCUGGAACUAAUAGUGCAAUAAAUGAUGGAAAAUGUGAUAAAAUGGGAAGACUCUGGGCAGGAACUAUAGGUGGAAGUCCUAAAACAAUUGAUGAAAUUAAGCCUGGGAUAGGAACAUUAUACAGCUUCUCUAAUAAUACAACAACGCCACAUUUAACUAAAGUUGGUAUAUCCAACGGCAUGGCAUUUGAUCACAAACGGGGAAAAAUGUAUUAUAUAGACUCACUUAGCUUUAAAGUUGAUCAAUAUGAUUUUGAUAUAAUCGAAGGCAAAAUAUCGAAUAUGAAAACUAUCUUUACAAUUACAAAUCAAGAAUAUCUAUGCGAUGGUAUGACAUUGGAUGCCGAUGGAAAUAUAUGGUUGGCUGUGUUUGGGUCUUCAAAGGUAUAUCAAAUAGAUGCUUCCAAACCAGAAACAGUUUUGAGGGUUGUAGAACUUCCUGCGGCACAGAUAACUUCUGUAGCAUUUGGAGGACUAAAUUUGGAUGAACUAUACGUCACUUCUGCCCAUUUUACUGAUAGGCCAACUGGAGAAAGUCCGGGAUCUGUUUUCCGGGUAACAGGACUAAAUGUGAAAGGAGUUCCUGCAGAUGAAGCGGAUAUUUAAAGAUGAUCACUUUUAAAUACCAACUAUUAUUAUUAUUUUUCUACAACCGUGAUAAAAAUGCAAUUUUUAGCACUCCAUACGAGCGUUAAAAAUGCUAUUUAAGGCACUAGUGCUUUAAAAAAUUUUAAGGCACUGCAGUUCGUAUUGAACGUAUAGGCAAUUUUGAUGUAAUCUCAAAAAAAAUAUAAAAAUGGAAUGUCAGUCAAGUUCAAGUAAAAGUUUUUGUAGAUAUUGUCCUGUAAUUACGUUUGUAGAAAAAAUAUUGUAUGAUGUGCGUGUUAAAAUAGUUAUUUAUGAAACAGUUCGUGAAGUAUGCUUUUUGCGAACGCACGCGAUGUUUAGAGCACGAGCGACAGCGGCGCGAGUGCUGUACAUCGCGUAAGUUCGUAAAAAGUACUUCACGCAAAGUUUCAUACAAUAUUUUAUCUACCCUACCAUAAACAAAUAAAAAAACUGUAACUCUU